AGAGUUCCCGCUCGAAUUUGACAUUUCACUUGGUUCGCGCCAAACGCAGACGUCACCGCCAUCUUGGAUUACUUUUUUAAAUCGCGCGAUGUGCUUUUUAUUGAAGGAGUUAUUGUAAAAAGUUCGAAUAUAAAAUAAGUGUUCGUGAUAAAAUUGUGGUUUAUGAUUUGUGAUAAGUGAAGACGAACAACGGCUUUAAAGUUAGAUGGGACAAUUAAAAUGUACCACAGCGCGCGGUGAAAAAUGAAGCUUCAAAUUAGUGCCAUAAUAUUAUUAAGUUAUUUUACUGUUGUGUUGUCUAAGUCUUUUGAUAUUCAAAAAUUUAACGAUAAAAAUGAAAACGAUAUUGAAAAUGACAUAAUAGACUUCGAUGAUGAAUAUUCAGUCAAAUAUGAUAAGAAAUAUGAAGUGCUUCCGUGGGAUUCGAGUGAUUUCAACAAAGAUUCAUAUAAAUACACCAUCGUGAGAGAUGAAGAAACACACAAACAAAAAAAAGAUGAAGACGGAAAAGACAGAGAAACAGAAAAACAAACUACUAUAAGUCCAUACAAUGACACCACCGAAGUAACGACAGAACCCAGUGCAAUACCUAUAGAAUUACUAAGUACAACUGAAAAUUCUUUAAUAACCAUCGGAGAGAGUACAUCGGAACCUGAUUUAACUGUAAUUCCUUUAGCAACCACAGAAAAAGUACCAUUUGUUAUUGUAAUAAACCAAACAGUCACUUUGCCAGUUUCAACAGAAACACCCGAAGAUGUAAAUUCAACUACAGUAUUCUAUGAAAUGACAACAAGACCAACGACAUUCAAUGAAACAACACCGGAAACUAAUACAAAUAAAAUAAUAACCAAUGAAUCACAAUUGAAUUAUACAUUUGAAUCAUUUACAGAAAAUCCAGACAUAAAAUCUAUAGAAGAGGAUUCAACAGAAGCUUUUAUAAUUAUUAAAAAUUUAACAAAUAAAGUACUGAAUAAAACUGACAGUGUUCAAAAUAGAAAAGUAAAUCGAAAAGGUAAUAAAAGGGAUAGUAACGAAGAGGUCCCGAUAUUUACAGAAUUAGAUGUUGAAGAUUUAACAGAUGUACCUGAAGAUUACUACGACACUAAAGACAUCGUUCCAACACCUGCUCCCAAAACAGAUGCUCUCUCAGUUAUAUUCGGUUUCGCAGGCAGUGUUGUUGAAAGUGUUGUGGAAAGUGUAGCUGAAAGAGUCGUUCCCAAGGGUUUAUACGAUUUAUUUAAACGAAUGCAAAGACAAAGUGAGUUAUUAGAAGCUGAGAAGUUGAGGAGCCGAGAAGAAAAUGGAGGAAUUGGUCAAUUUACUCGUGGAGUAAUCAAAACUAUUUCCUCGGGCUUGAGUAGGCCGCUCAGCCAGCUAAUGGCUGGCGCCAGGGAUAUUGGUUCUUUGGACAGCGACCAUGGCUUCAUCGGUAGCUUGGCUUCUGGCGUGACCAGUGUUGCAAAUGUUGCAAAUUCGAUGGUCGAUGUUUUUAAAGACAGAGUUCAAGCGAUUUAUCCUGGCACGAUCUGGUGUGGUGAUGGCCAUUCACCCCAAGCUCGUUCUGGAGAGCUAGGUCUGUUCUUCUUCACCGACACAUGCUGUAGACAGCAUGACGCCUGCAAGAUGUACAUCUCAGCUGGUGAAACAAAGUUCGGUCUCACUAACACCGGACUUUUCACGCGGUCUCACUGCAGUUGCGACGCAAAGUUCCGCGAGUGCCUCCGAAAGACUAACUCACUCGUGUCAGCGCAGAUCGGUCUCACCUACUUCAAUGUUUUGGGUCCGCAGUGCUUCAGGAAAGCCCACCCUAUCGUCCGCUGUGUGAGACGUACCAGAAUAACAGGCCUCAAGUGUGAAGAAUACGAAUUGGAUUACACAAAACCGAAAAUGUGGCAAUGGUUUGACAACGAAACUUAUUAAUAACAAAAUCCCACGUGAAAAAGGCGUAAUUAAUGAUAUUCAAAAUGGCUUAACACGCGAAAUUUGACCUUAUUUUGUAAAGAUUAAGAACCGUUAUAACUUCAAUCUUAAGCCUUUUUAACUUAUGCAUGUUGUGUGUGUAAUAAGAAUAAUUUCGCAUCGACUGUGUAUAAUUGACACAGUUAUAAUUGUGUUGAGUUGGUAUGAUUCUCAAAAAUGUGUUUUCGUGAUGAAAAGUAUGGCCUAUGACCAAUGAUUGUAAAUAUAAAGUAUUGCAGACUUUUUUUCUAUUUCUUCUUCAUUUUCUUCCGAAAAAUCCUGUUUUACCGACGUAACAUUGAAUCGGUAAAACAGACUUCUUGAUACGUAAAUGUCGAAUAAAUAUUUAAACUAUUAAGGGUACGAAUAGGGCAAUAAAUCAAACACAACUUACGUUUAUUUUUUUAUAUAAGAAACAUCAGAAUAUAUAUAGAAACGUCACAUUUAACAAAUAAAUAAUACUAUGUAAUUCGAAUAUAAAGUAAAAUAUUUAUAUAAAUUAUACAAGUAACAAAAACAUUCCAAAAAUCGUUUGAAAUUGGGACAGGAUGAUUUUUGACAAUUCCUAAUUUAAAAAUGUAACGAUAUCUUUUUUCAAAUGUAAAACGGAAUCAAUAAUAUCAUUUACUAUUAAAAAAAAAAAACCAUUUAGGGUUUUUCAAAUUGUAGAAUUAAAUACGAAACAAGUGAAUUGGCAAAAAUCAUCCAUUAACGUUCCGUUCUACGCUGAAUCUACAAGUGUGAUGUCUAUAAUGUUGUGCGCAAAAAUUUAUCAGAAAUCUGUGUAUAAUAGAUAUGUUUCCUUUAUUAUGAUACAUUAUGGUAUAAUGUGCAGUCCAGUCGAAUACUAAAUUUAACAUGAAUAUUAGAAAUGGCAGAAAAUACUAUUUGUGGAAUACCGCAAAGCUGACAUGACAAAUUUAAAUGUACCGAGUCAAUUUUAUAUAAUAUACAACCAAUUUUAAUUUCAUAGUAUAAGUUUGUGGUUAUAUUUUUGGUCUUAAAAUUUUCUGACAUAGUUAUGUUAGCUAUGCGAAUGUUCCAUUAAUAUCGAAUUCAUUAAAUAUGUUUUGAUAUAAUGUAAUACAAUAUUGACUAAGUGAAUGUUAUAUAAAAUUGCAACAAAAUAUUGAUAAUGUUUGCUAUCUAGAAUUGUAUUGUAGUUUAUAAUGUCGUUAUACAAAUUAAUCUCACAUGUAAAUUUGUACAAAUUGUAAAUUUACAAUAUAAAUAGAUUAUUUUUACAAAGUAA